AUGCUCUUUGGAGAAAUUCCAACUUCUCUUGGCAACUUGAUGGAACUUGAGUUCUUGCACCUGAAUAACAAUAGUCUAAAAGGGCAUCUUCCAUCGUCACUACAAAACUGCAAGCAACUGGUAAUGGUCGAUCUUGGUUAUAACAAUUUCUCUGGAAAUAUACCUUUGUGGAUUGGACAAAGUUGGCAGCAGUUGCGUAUUCUUCUAUUGCGCUCAAAUAUGUUUAAUGGCAAUAUUGAUCCACAACUUGAGCAUUUGAAGGAUCUACAAAUUGUUGACCUUGCAAAUAACAAGUUAUCAAGGCCAAUACCGCAUUCAUUUGGCAAUUUCAUGGCAAUGAUUUCAACAUCAGCAACAGAACUGCCAUUUUAUUUUUUAUUCAAUACCAUAGACAUUAGAGGCUCGUAUACGGAAAGUGACAAAGCAACUUUAGUUACAAAAGGAGAUCAACUUACCUUUUCAUCUAUUCUUUAUCUUGUGAAGAGUAUUGACCUUUCCAACAAUGAAUUGACAAAUGAGAUUCCUGAAGAAUUAGGAUAUCUUGCUGGACUCCACACUUUGAAUUUAUCAAGAAACUACUUCAAAGGCAAGAUUCCAAAUACCAUCGGUAGAAUGAGUUCAUUGGAAACUCUAGAUUUGUCAUUUAAUAAUUUAUCAGGGGUUAUUCCUCAAGCUUUGUCACAAUUAAGUUCUCUGAGCCAUUUGAACUUAUCUCACAACAAUCUAUCUGAAAACAUUCCGUUCGGAAAUCAACUUCAAACGCUAGAUGAUGCAUCCAUUUAUAUUCACAAUCCUUAUCUUUGUGGAGACUUACUAAACAAGAGUUGCUUUCAUGGGAAUAAUAUCACAGUGUCAAGUGAUGAACAUGCAAUGUUGUCCUCGAUGCUAACAACCUGUCUCAUCGGUGCACUUGGAUAUUUUGUUGGAUUGUGGAGUGUGUUUGUUCUUCUAUUAUUUAAGAAAAAAUGGAGGUACUCUUACUUUAAGAAGGUCGAUGAAAUUUAUGAUAAAAUAUACGUGACAAUCAAGAUAAGAGUGAAUAGAAUAGUGAGUGAUCAGGUUUGUUAG